AUGAAACUAAUAUUUUUUAUUUCUAUUUGUCUAAGUGGUCUAGGUUUUGCUAAAUCGACUAUAUCACUUACAGGAAAUGGUUACACAGACAUAUUGGUAACAGUUGCAGAUGAUAUUGCCGAAAAUACACAACUGAUUUCGAUCCUCCAGGAUUGGUUAAUUGAAGCAUCCAGCAAACUUUACAUUGCAUCAAAAUAUCGUUUUUUCUUUAAAAAAAUAAUAAUUCGUAUCCCAGAAAAAUGGUCAAACAAUGGCCAAUACAUUGUUACAAGUGCAUCAACCAAUAAAGAAGGAGAUAUACGUAUCGAGUCUCCAAAAGAAGGCGAGAGAAGCAAUCCUCAUGCAUGCUGUUUGCCCGCAUGUGGCGUUGGAGGACAGUAUAUACAUUUUACAACAGAUGUUAUGGUUAAAGGAGAAGAUGCAGGAUUUGGAAAUUUAGCUACAGUGUUGGUACAUGAAUGGGGACACUAUAGAUGGGGCCUUUUCGACGAAUAUCCUACUAGCAGAGAUAAAUAUACGAAUAAAAUCAUUCAAUUCUACUCACAUAAUGGACGCUGGGAACCAGUACGGUGUACAACAGAAAUUGAGGGAAAGAUGUUUAAUUAUGUUUCCAACAGAAAUUGUAAACUAGAUUCGAAAGGUAAACCAGAAUCGGACUGUUCUUUUGCAGCAGAUUCUGGAUCGAAAGCAAUAGCAUCAAUGAUGGGACAUGCAUACAUCAGUUCAAUUUCUCAAUUUUGUGAUUCCGAUUCAACUGGCGAAAAAACGAAGCACAACGCUGAAGCCCCAAAUAUGCAAAAUGAUAAAUGCAGUGGACAGAGUUCGUGGGACAUCAUAAAACAACACAAUGAUUACAAAGCAACAUCUCCAGGCAAUGAAUUUGACAAUACCAGACCUGAAAUUAUUCUUCAGCAAACGCAAAUUAGUGGACGGUUUUGCUUAUUGAUAGAUGUUUCAGGGAGCAUGGAAAAUUUUAUUGACGAUGCAAAAGACGCGUUGACAACUGUUAUCAAAACUAUACUUCCGAACGAAAGCUAUGUUGGAAUUGUAAGUUUUAAUGACAAGGGUCACCUGCUAAAAAGAAUGACAAAGAUAACAUCAGAAUCAGUUCGAAAUAGUUUGGCCUAUAGUUUACCGGCCACAGCGGAUAGAGGCACUUCAAUAGGUGCGGGCUUAGAAACGUGCUAUCAGGAGCUUUUGACUUUGAAAAAUGUGACUGGAUCGGUCAUUUAUUUAGCCACUGACGGAGAGGAAAAUGAACCACCAUAUACAGAAGAAGUCCUUCCAAGUUUGACGGAAAAGGGAAUUGUAAUACAUACGCUGGCAAUUGGAAGCUUGGCUGAUGAAAAAUUGAAUGACAUUUCAAAAAUUACAGGUGGCUCUAGUUAUUUCUAUUCAAGUGAAACAGUUGAUUCAACCUCCUUAGUUGAUGCCUUGAUUGAACCUUUUACAGAAUCUUCAAAAGAUAAAAUUAUACGUAUAAAAACUGUACAUGCUGACAUUUCGACACUACAAGUAUUUGAAACAAAUUUUGUCAUUGAUGAUACCAUUGGCAGAGACACCAUUGUUCAGUUAACGACACAUGUAGUUAGGGAUGUUAAUUUAACAAUACAAAAUUCAGAGAUGACCUAUACCAAAAUAGGCACUGCAGGAGAUAAUAGUGUGAUUUACGUCAAGAUUCCAGGAAUCGCACAGAUUGGAAACUAUGAUGUAUUUCUCUUUUCUACGACGCAUGAUAUAUCUGGUACACUAAGCAUCUUUUCAAAACCUGUGUCAUCAAAACAAGCUGUUCUACAAGUAAACGUUUUGAAUACAGAGCCAGAAAUACAACACAGUGCAGGUCUCCUCUUUCCAUUAUAUGCAGCCGUGUACAAAGGGUCAAUGCCAGUAAACAAUGCAACUGUCAUCGCUGUAAUUGAGAAUGAAAUUGGAGAUAGUUUCAAUACUAUAUUGAAAGACAACGCUAUAGGUGCUGACGUCUCAUUGAAUGAUGGUAUUUACUCUUGCUAUAUUCUACCAAAUGAAUUGAAUGCUAACGGUCGCCUAAGUAUCAAAGUUAUAGUAGAAGGAUACUCUGCAAAAGUUGUUGUGGAACUAACCAACAUCAGUAACGAAGACAACACAUAUACUAUAACAUGGUAUGCAGUCGGCGACGAUUUAGAUAAAGGAAAUGCAACUAGUUACGACAUUCGAUAUUCUGAUAAGUUUCAAACAUUGAAAACAAACCCUGGACAUCAGCAAUCCAUUACUGCUGGAAUAAUUCCAAAAGAGCCCGGGGAAACCGAGUCUUUCGUUUUUCGAAUACCAAACAUCCAAAGAAAUACAACAUAUUACAUAGCAGUAAGAGCAGUUGAUGAUCAAAACAAUACCGGCGAUUUGUCAAAUAUCAUAACCGUUUCUAUACUAAAUGACCAAUACUGGUUUGACGAUGAAAACACAGACGGCCUAAGUAUUGCGUUCUUGGUGGGAAUAAGCAUUGGAGCUCUAAUCAUAGUUGUUGUCCUCCUAGCCUGCAUUAUAACACUCAUCAAAAAGAAAAAAGUUCAUAGAAUGUCAAAUUAUGCUAUAUAAAAUUAAAUUAACACUGUAAACAGCAUAUUAUUAACAAUUGUGUUUACAAACCUUUUUAUUAUCUCUAUAUUAAUCAUAUAUCAUUGUAUGUGAAACUGUUAAUUAAACAAACAUGACAAAUUAUAUAUGACGUUUGUAAUGAAGAUUCUAAAGGCUUAAAGAAAUUGCUAUAAACUAACAGUAGCAUCGUACAUUCAUUUGUGAAUAUAACAAAAAUCAUUUUGACUAACUCUGUGAACACUUGUUUCGGGUGUCCCUAUAUUAUAGCUUGAUAUUUUACAAGGUUCCAAGAUGAUUGACAAUUCAAUCGUAAAGUUUAUUAUGACCAACACUGGAAAAUUAAGAGAUAUGUGAGAUAUAAUAAUAACUUUCUGUUAUUGUACUUCCCGUUAGCAUGUUAUGUAUGUGUCUAUCUCUUGUCAGUUGACGUUUGUUGUUGCAUAUAAUAAUAAUUGUAUUUUGUUCACUAUUUUAUUUAACAUAAAUUAGACCGUAUGUUU